AUGUUUAUUGUGUUUCGUCGGUAACUUUAAGCAGACGGACCCGUUUAAUUUGAGGGCAAAUUUGUAGCAAUAUAUGAAUGUUUGAGUGCAAAAAAUAUUAAUGCAUUGACCUCAACGUAAUGUGGGUCAUCGAGCGAUUUUUAUCCUCUGUUAUCCAGAGAGCUCCCUAUGCAGGACAGUCCGGAUUACUCCGCCGCACUCUGCGCGGCUCCCUGCCCGAACUGGAGCUUCGGUACCUCCAGUGCACAUGCUGCUGGAGGAGCCGGAUUCCCGUGGCAGGUUUCGAGACCCUGAACGCCACACUGUCCUCCUCAGAUCCCUGCAAAGAUGACGGCGGCAAACCUCUGGACGCCUGCUACACCUCCGAGCAGCGGGCCGUGAUCCUGCAGCUGCUGAACAACGCCAGCCCGGCGGAGCUGGCCUCCAUCAAACUGCUGCGAGGACGCAAGUCCGUCAACAUAGUGGAGCACAGGAGCAAAAACGGACCCUUUAAAUCCCUGGAGAGCGUGGUGGACGUGCCUCUGCUGAAGCACAAAAGUGCUGUGGUAGUCUUUAACUCCAUUCUGAACCCGGUGAAAAAGGAGAGAAAAGUGAGGAUCCAACUGGCCAAGUUCAUCAAACCUGAAGUGGACCGGUCCUGGUUGGAGGAAGCCAGUUCAAUUGUCUCAAUCGUUUGUGGGACUAAUAAAAUCGCCUGGGCUCAUGUGGACCGGCAGAUGAUGGUUCUGGACUGGCAACAGCAGGACUGCCCCAACUUCCUAAAGGGGACAUACAUGGCAUCUGCUUAUUUGACCGAUGUGUCUGCUGUCGUGUCCCUCCUGCCGCCAGCAAGUUUUUACCUAAUCGAGAAAUCCUCCAUCUCGGUUCAGAACACGACGCUGUUUCCUGUCAUGGCUCACAUGAGGACAGUAGAAGCCAUGCUGUUCGCUCUGCUGGAGCCCAGAAUCGCCCCUCCAGAACCAAAUAUCCCUCCCAGGGUCCUCAACAUGAUGAGGACGGCUGUGGGGCGGCACUUUGGGCUAAUGGUGGGCGAGUCUCGGACCAGCGGGGCUCAGAUAGUCCGUCAGCUGAUGACGGAAUCUGUGACGCAGCAGCUCCCCAGGAUAAACUUUCCCCAAGAGCUGCUGGUCAGGUACAGGAACCACUUCCAGAUGGGCAGCAGGCGAGGAGGGGACGAGCUGUGCGACGCGCUGCUUCAGGCGAUGGCGUUCUACGAGCUUCUCUGUGACUGUUAGCAACUCCUUUAUCAGGGUUUAACGCGUCUAAAUGACUUAAAUUCUGUCACUUUACUUGAUGCAGUGACUGUAUCUUUACUCCUGCUGUGAUUAAAAACAUUUUGACCUGUUAUGCUGCAUAAAUGUUACAUAUAGUAGAAUCAGAAACAACAAAAACCCAAAGACGACUAACAGUUUACAUGUCUUGUAAGGUGAAAUCAGCUCCACUUUAAUUCUACACCACAGAGACUGAAACUUUGUCAUUUUUUCCCUUUUUAUAGGAAAUAAAUUAAAAUGAAACAAUAGUUUUAUAUUAUUUAAAAAAAAACAAAAUAAAUUUGAACACUAGGUUAGUUUAGAAAAUGUAAAUAUAUUAAAAAGGAGCAUUAAAUGCCCCAAAUGUCUUUUUUUGUGUGUGCAUGAGAUUUAAAUCUUUUUUUUGUUACAUUUGUUAGCAUAUGCAGAUAUUUUUAUGGAUUUCAGAUACUUUGACUUAACUAUUUCAAAAACUGAUUUUUUUUUCAGCAAAAAUACGCC